AUGGUUUCUACUACAAAUUUCCCUGCCGAAGUCGUGCCCCAGGCACCUGAAGACCCUCUCUUCGGUCUUGCACGAGAGUACAAGGCCGACGACAGCCCUAAGAAGAUUGAUCUUGGUAUCGGCGCUUACAGAGAUGAGAACGCAAAGCCCUGGGUGUUGCCAGUCGUCAAGAAGGCUGAUGAGAUCCUGCGAAACGACCCUGAGCUCAACCACGAGUAUGCCCCCAUCGCGGGUAUUGCCAGCUUCACAUCCAAGGCUGCCGAGCUAGUCUUUGGCCCCGAUUCUUCUGCCAUCCAAGACAAGCGCUCAACAACUCUACAAACAAUCUCUGGUACCGGUGCUGUGCAUUUGGGAGCUCUUUUCCUUGCCAAGUUCUACAAGGGCAACCAGACUGUCUACCUCUCAAAUCCCACUUGGGCGAACCACCACCAGAUCUUCAAGAAUGUCGGCCUCUCAAUCGACACAUACCCUUACUUCCACAAGGAGACCAAGGGUCUUGAUUUCGAGGGAUUCAAGAAGACUCUGCAGUCCGCUCCUGAGGGCUCUGUCUUCGUCCUUCACGCAUGUGCACACAACCCUACUGGUGUCGACCCUACCCAAGAUCAGUGGACCGAGAUUGCUUCUAUCAUGAAGGAGAAGAACCACUUCCCCUUCUUCGAUACAGCUUACCAAGGCUUUGCCUCCGGUGAUCUCGUCAAGGAUGCCUGGGCUAUCCGAUACUUUGUCGACCAAGGCUUCGAGCUCGUUGUUGCUCAGAGUUUCGCCAAGAACUUCGGUCUUUACGGAGAGCGUGCCGGCUGCUUCCACGCCGUUACCUCUCCUGCUCCUGAGGCUUCCAACACAAUCACCCGCAUUGGCUCUCAACUGGCUAUCCUCCAGCGAUCCGAGAUCUCCAACCCUCCUCUGUACGGUGCCCGCAUCGUCAGCACAGUUCUCAACGACCGCGACCUCUUCGCUGAGUGGGAGGAGAACCUGCGCACCAUGUCUGGCCGUAUCAUCAGCAUGCGAGAUGCUCUUCGCGGCAAGCUCGAGGAGCUCCAGACCCCCGGUACCUGGAACCACAUUACCGACCAGAUCGGUAUGUUCAGCUUUACUGGCUUGAGCGAGAAGCAAGUGCUUCAACUUCGACAAGAGUUCCACGUCUACAUGACCAAGAACGGCCGUAUCAGCAUGGCUGGUCUCAACGAUAACAACGUUGAGUACUUUGCCAAGGCGGUUGACAAGGUUGUGCGAGACGCUGCUUAG